CCUCUCCGCCCAUGAAAGCGAAAGUACUAUACAAGAAGUUUCGUACGUCAGGUGGACUCUUUUUAUCCGUAGCACGCAGUGAUGCAUUGCUCCCAGCAAGCAUUCAGGGGACAGACACGAGUGCCUGAAGUGGGCAGCGACAGCAGAACACGUAGCUAGCAACGCAUACAUGAUAGCUAGCUGCUAGCUACAGUGUCAUGCAUGAGAAUGCUGCUGUACGAGAGAGACCAGCCAGACCGUUCUAAUGUCUAACGGUAUUAACGCAUUUCGUACUCGGUCUUCUCACCAGUUCUAACGGCGACUUGAUUACAGAAUAACUUGUUGGAUCUGUCCUUUAGGCUACCGCAUUUUCUUCAAACCAGCCAGCUGACUAACAGCAUGUUGCUAGCGAGACAAUAUAGGCCUAGCGUUCUCACGUUUAAUAAAAAACUAGUAUCGCUACCCUAGUUAGUGGUAAAAACGUAACCAGCACCUUGACAACGAAACAGUUAACUUAGCUAGUUGUUUUGUUGUCUAAUUCUAUAGCUUUGCUGGAUAAAUAGUUUGCUAGUGUGGCACUGCGUCAUUAUGAACAAGUUUGGAAGAAGUGCUUGGAUUGGACUGGGCGUUGGAACUACUGCAGGGAUCGGUUUGGUUUUAUUUAUUAUAUACAAAGAGAUGAAACGAAGAAUAAGUCAAAGAUUGUCCAUUCAGAACAAUUCGGAUACAUUCUGCACAGAUGGACCGAGCGCAGCUAUUGCCGACUCACAAGUGCCAAUGGCGCAAGCAGGGUCAUUGCCAGGAGCGCCUGCCGGGGGGGCCGGACGCGACCUUACACCGGAGCUGAGGAACGGGCUGGAGGACGUGCUCCGGAGCGUAGCUGACCUGCGCAGCGAAGUGGCCUCUCUGCAGAGCUCCUUGCAGGGCAUCGCUGCACGGAUCGUCCAGGACGUCAGGAGUGGCAUAGAGGAGAGCCAGAAGGCGGCGCGCCGUCGCAGACACCACCUGCCGCGGGAGCGCACCGACUCCAUGAGCUCCAGCUCCAUCUACUUCACUGCCAGCACCGCCAGCGCCGGCAGCACCCACCCCUAUGACGGCGAGAGCGAGGGCGGGUACAUCACGGCUAAUGCUGAAUCGGACUACAACGGUGAGGUGGACACGGACAAGGAGACAGACGAGGAGGACCGGAGCUGCCCCACAUCCUGCACGCUGAGGCAGGACUCCUCAGACGUGGGGGGCGAGGAGGACGAGUUCUUGGACACUAAGGUGCCUGGUGUCACGCCCGUGCAGCUGUCGUCGCAAAGCAAAGGCGAGCGCCCGGCCCCCGCCCGGGAGAAGGCGGCGGGGAUUGAGCCGCUUCAAUUAAACCGGGCCCUGUGCCAUAAGGAGGCAGGAAGCAUUCCAGAGGCCGAACACGGGGCAAACCCAGCCUUGGAAACACUCGGCGUCUGUACUGAGGGUGUAGACGGGACCAGCUGGGAAGACGCACAAACGGACCAACAGGACUCUGUUUCCAGUGGGACUCAGUAAGGCCACACACAAGCAGGAUCCGAGCACGCUUGCAGGACCACAGCCAUCACAAACCCCAGCUAUUUUUUUAUACCGUGAUCCCCUGAACGCUGUUUGCCUGACGUCUUGGGACGCAGAGCAAGGACCGUUUUCUUUUUGUUUUGAUUAGGUUUGAUGCGUAGUCACGAGUGAUGGAUGUCUUGGAUGCCAAUAAUCUUGCUUGCUUGCAAUCCGUUCACUGUGCAUCAGACCUGUGCUGAGAUUUUGCUCGCCAUUUCCUGAUGAAUGUCAGUAAUGUUGAUACUAAAAUCACUCCGAGUUUACUUGAAAAAGCUUGAUUGACAUGUGGAACGCAAGCUGACCAAAGUUUAUUGUUUUUUUGUGUGCCUGGAAUGAAAUUCCAACAGAUAAACAUGGAAAGAAUGGCAAGAUGCUUGCUUUGGAUAGCUUGUAUCACAGCUGGACCAAUUCAGAAAGUCAGAUUAAAUCUAAAAGCUCUGUGCUUUGUCCUGAACAAAGAGUCACAAAUGUAUGGUUCAUUUUGAAUUCUCAUUUUCCUUUUCAGCAGUUGCCAUAAUUUAUUAUGCAAAGUUCAUGACAAAGCAUUUUGCAGUUAGAUUGAAUCUGAGCCUCAGCCUUAUGCAAAGCAUCUGUGAUGUCUUUCCAGAUGCCAUCAAGAAAGGUGGCUAAAUCCUUUAGGGAACAUGAACCAAAACAUUGUCAUUUUACAUUCCCUGUCCAUGUCUGCUUUUUUCCAUCUUAAGAUUCUGUUAAAAGCGACUGCUGAUUCCUUUCCCCCAAAGCACUUUGUACAGCACCUGCACUGUAAUUAGCAUGUUCGCUGCUAGGAAAUACUAAUGAAGUGUUGUAUUUAUUAUUCUUGACCAAAUGUGUGCUUAACUGACAUAACUGUUUGUAUGGUGUUUCCUUUUCAUUCCCAUAUUGAUUGUAUACUAAAGAUACAUGUAACAUGUGCUAGAGCAGACUCUGUGGAAAAAGAAAAACACUAAAGGGUGACCAAAUGUCCAGUUGUCCAACUGUCGGCACAGAACUCACAGUGUUUACUGAUCAAGGGUAUGCUUUCUUUUAUAUGAUGUGCAACAGGACCAUUUGAAAAUGUGUGGACUGUUACGAAUACAGAUUAAGGGGAUGUGUUCACUAAUGUUGCUUUCUCUUACAUGCAAAUAAGAGUAUGAGGUGUCAAACGGUGUGUGUUGUUUUGGAUUUUUUUGUGAGCUGAGAUACUGGGGUGGGUGGUCACUGGUGUCUUAUCCGGUCACAAGAGAACUGCUUGCCUGGGGUGCAGAUCAGCUUUGCCAAAAAAAAAAACACC